AAAAAUUUUUGCCUCUCCUCACCUAAUAUUUUAGCUCUGCCCCUUGGCAGGACAUUUGAUUUUUUGCAUCUUCUUACAUCAUACUAUGUCAAUAUCUUGUCCUAAUUAAUCUUAUUCAAAAAAUAAGGAAAACAAAAAAAGAAAAAAGCUACACAAACUUUAACACACGUAAAUUUAUUUAUAAUUUAAUAUGAUAUUAAAUGAGUAAAUGGGAUAUUGUUUGCGGCAAUAAGUCGCAGGGAGGUUUAGGGGUGUCGGAUUUGCGAAGGAAGAAUUGGGCAUUAUUAGGGAAGUGGUGGUUCCGGUUUGGUGAUGGUGUGGGGAGUUUGUGGAAGCGGGUAGUGAGGGAUAAAUAUUAUGAGGGUCGCUGUGAGGUGGAUAUUACAGCAAUUGAUAAUUUAAGAGUGUCGAAGCUGUGGAAGGAUAUUAUCAGUAUUGGGGGGAGAUCUGUUAGGCUGAGGAAUAUGUUGGGGAAUGGGUUUAGAUGGAAGGUGGGGUGUGGAAGUAGGUUGGGUUUUUGGAGGGAGAAAUGGGUGGGAGAUAAAUCCUUAAGGGAUUUAUGUCCUAGAUUGUAUGCCUUGACUGCGAAUAAGGAAGGCUUGGUUAGUGAUAUGGGGAAAUGGGAUGGGGAUAGGUGGCAGUGGAAUAUGGCAUGGAGAAGGGGGAGAAUGGGGCGAGAAAAGGAUGAGGAGGUGGUUUUGUGGGGAGCCGUGGAGUGUGUACACUUUCAGAAAGGUAGGGAGGAUGUUUGGACUUGGGUACAUGAUCCAGGAGGGAAAUACUCGGUUAGGAUAGCUUAUGAAUUUUUGUCUCCUGAGGAGUGUCAUCUUGAUUCCCAAUUGUGCAGGCUUAUUUGGUGCAGGCUAGUGCCGUUGAAAGUCAGCUUUUUUGGGUGGAGGUUAUGUCUUGAUCGGUUGCCAACAAAAUGGAAUUUACAAAAAAGGGGUGUGUUGUUGCAGCAAGAGGGAUCUUUGUGUGGUUUGUGUCAUGAGGUGGUGGAGGAGGUUAAUCAUUUAUUUUGCACUUGCAGGGAAGCUUGGUUAGUUUGGGUGAAUGUGUUGAAUUGGUGGGGCUUUGAAACUGUCAUGUUGAAUACCGUUAGGGGAAUGGCAGAAUUUUUCUUGGUUGAUAUGGGUAGAAUUAUAGGGAAGGAGUUGGGUGCAUGUGUUUUUCUUGUUGCUGCAUGGUAUCUUUGGUAUUGGAGGAAUGCUUGUGUUUUUCAGAAUUAUGGGAGUAUGCAGGAGUGUUUGUUAGAUAAGAUACAAAUGAAGUCUUUUUUCUGGGUUAAAAAUAAGGUGCGUGGAUGUGCUUUUUCUUUGUAUGAGUGGCAGAUGAAUCCAAUUGAUUGUGCCUUGGCUGUUAGACGGUAUAAGAGGAUGUUGAAGAGUUUCCAAAAGCAGCAUCAACGUUUAAUAUGAGGUCUCCAUAUAGACAUGCAUGAGUUGAUGGUUCCGGUCAGCUAUGCUUAUUUUGGCUGGUUGGUCUGUUCUGAUAAUGUCAAUAAUAGGAUUUUAUCUAU